UCUCUUCAUUUAUUGAGUUUUUUUAGCUUUGCAUGCUUUUUCUCUCCUCUUUUUAAGUCUUUUUUUCAAGAACCACUUUUGUCCUUCUAGUCAAAAGAACAACAAGAAGUAGAAAAGAAGAGAAAAGAAAAGAGAAGAUCUUACUCUUACUUACAUAUAUAUAUAAACAGAUAUAUCUAAAAGUGUUUUAUAUUUUAAAACACCUUUUUUUCUGUUUUUUUCUCAGCUUGAUCCUUAAUGGGUUGAUGAUAAGUUUGAGGUAUAACUCAAUAGUAGUCAAGUUUUAUUUUUUCUCUUUUCUAAGUCGGUUUUGGGUAUUUGGAUUUUUAGUUUUCUUGGUUUUAUUUUAAGGAGUUUUUUAAGGUUCUUGAUUUUUUUUUCCUUCAAUGGCACCAGAUAACAACAACAACUGGUUAUCAUUUUCUCUGUCUUCAAUGGAAAUGUUGAGCUCUUCUUCACAUCAUCAGUCUAAUUCUAUGCUUCAUCAAUCCAACAUGAAACUUGCUCAUCCAACUAAUUUUGAUCUUGGUCCUUCAUCAGCUGACUCUCAUAAUUACUAUUUUGCUGAUAACUUCUUUCCUCAUGGUUGGUCUAAUCCAAAACCACAAGUGAUGUAUUCUGAAGGUGAAAAAGAAGUUUUAGGACUUAACAUCAAUGGUGACACAUCUAUAUUUCAAAACUUUAUGGACUCAAAUCCACCAAAGCUUGAAGAUUUUCUUGGUGGUGACACAUCAUCUUUGACUCAAGACUCAUCAUCAUUGACUCACAUCUAUGAACAACAACAACAAAAUGGUUCUCAAGCUUAUAAUAAUAGCUUUAAUAAUGAGCAUCAAGAUCUCAAAAAUAUAACUGGUUUUCAAGCUUUUUCAACUAACUCAGGUUCUGAAGUUGAUAACUCUGUUGGUACUGAGUUUGGUGGUACUGAAUCUUGCAAUGAGUUAGGUUAUUCACAGUGUAUGGUGAAUAAUAAUAAUGUUAAUGUUGGUGGUGGUGCUUUGUCAUUAGCUGUUAAUACUAAUGUUAAUCAGUACUUAGAAAAAGAAAAAGAAAAAGAAAAAGCUAUUGUUGAUGAGAGUUGUAAGAAAGUUUCUGAUACUUUUGGUCAAAGAACUUCCAUUUACAGAGGUGUAACAAGACAUAGAUGGACAGGAAGAUAUGAAGCUCAUCUAUGGGAUAACAGCUGUAGAAGAGAAGGCCAAGCAAGAAAAGGGCGUCAAGUGUACUUGGGUGGAUAUGACAAAGAAGAAAAAGCAGCAAGGGCAUAUGACUUGGCUGCUCUGAAGUAUUGGGGUCCCACAGCUACCACCAACUGCCCUGUUUCCAAUUAUUGUAAAGAACUGGAGGAAAUGAAACACAUGACUAAGCAAGAAUUCAUUGCCUCUCUAAGAAGGAAAAGUAGCGGGUUCUCCCGAGGAGCUUCGAUAUACCGCGGGGUGACAAGGCAUCAUCAACAAGGCCGUUGGCAAGCAAGAAUCGGCCGAGUUGCUGGAAACAAGGAUCUUUACCUAGGAACAUUUGCGACUGAAGAGGAAGCAGCAGAAGCAUACGACAUAGCAGCAAUAAAGUUCAGGGGAAUGAAUGCAGUGACCAAUUUCGAGAUGAAUCGAUACGAUGUCGAAGCCAUCAUGAAAAGCGCCCUCCCCGUUGGUGGGACCGCAAAGCGUCUGAAACUCUCCCUCGAGUCUGAGCAGAAGUCAUCGUCGAACAAUCAGUUGACUCAAUGCAACAGCAGCAGCAGCAACAAUAGCAGUAGCAAUAACAUCAAUUUCGGGGCAAUGCCACCUGUCUCUGCAAUCCCGUGUGGGGUCCCAUUCGAUACAACCACCCCGGCUUUCUAUCACCACAACUUCUUCCAGUACCUCCAGUCUGGCAAUGCAGGUGGGCCUGAUGCUUCCGGUAAUGUGACUUCAAUGGCAGGUACAAUGCCGUUACUGCCCUCGGCCGCUGAGCUCUUCAUCUGGCCUAACCAAUCCUAUUGACCAACCUAAAAAGGAUUGCUAGCUAGCUAUAGUUCGACUAAUUAGCGAAAAUUCGACUCUGCUAAUAUGUUAAUCGUCUAUUAUUUCAUGCUGACCCUUUGUUUUCUGACCCGCGAAAGAAGUUUAGCGUAGCGUUUAACCGGUUCUUGUCAGGUUCAAAUGUUGUAAAGUACCUUUAAUUCAGAGACUUAUAAGUAGUAGAUGCAAUGUUGACAGGGUAUUUAGGGAGCACUCAUUGUGGAAAAAUUUUGCUUUUCUUUUUUCUAGUUUCCUCAUCUUUUUUGAGUUGCUCCCUAGGACCAUAUGAACUUGGUGAACUUUCUGGUGGUUGAAUUGACAUAGAAAAAAAGAAAAUGAUAUAAAGCUCUUUACAUUUUGCAGU